AGUGCAUAACUAUAGUUUUGAUUUUAAUAAAAUUUUGCAUUUUUACACGUUUAAAUGAAUUGGAAUAUUCUUUUUUUAUUUGUAAUGUAUGGACCCCUGAGCGUGUCACCCUGCAAAGAUUGGUCAUGUCUAAAAAUAUUUAAGAAGAACAAAGGAAAAAAGGUGCCAACAAUUAAUGAUGCGAGUAUACAGGAAUCGAGAAACAGCUAUCUAUGGAAAGCGGAACUUACAAUGGAAAUGGUGUACGACAAGGAAUUGGUGUCGUUAAUGAAUCAUGUGAAAACGUUUGACACGGUCCACGAUGUGUUCGAUGAAUCUGACGUACAGUUCUUGAUGGUAGAUUGUAAGACAGACGAUAAAUGUCUGAUGACCAAAAAAAAAAAAGUUAAAAGGUACAACAGGAAAAUCCAAGGCAUUCAGUGUCUCAACGGAUUGUAUGUGAUGAGCGUCGUGGACGGUUUGGACGAAUUGACGAACAACGGCGCCAUGAGGGAAGCGUUCAAUGAAAAAACCAAAGAUUAUCUGGUCUACAUGUCUCGUAUGUUGUCUUUGACACACAAAGCCAAAUGGGUUGCUUAUCCGUGGCUAAUCGGUGCCUUUAUCUUCCUGGACGGGUUUGUGAAUUCAGAAGCAAUGGACGAGAUGUACAAGGACCGGUUAAACGCGUUUACUGUAAACGUCAAGCAAGAUCUGGAGGUUUUCAUUGAUGCAUGUAGAGAUGAAGGAUACUUACCUAGCGGGAAUAAUACAACCGAUGUCGGUUUGGUAGUGAAAACUCUGUACGGCAACAACGAGUUGAAGCAAGUUUUCAGCCUGGAUGAACAGUUCACCACAAAGAACCUGAUGAUGUAUCACUUGUAUGAAGGUAAAAAAAUCGUUUAUGGAAAAACGCAUGGAAUCGAUUUGAAAUGGGUAGAUUUCUCGUUGAAUCUAUACAACAGAGCCGUUGUUAACAAACAUAUGUACAGCAUUCACAAAUGGGAACUAGACCUAUUCGACAAUCUAACAUACCACAAACUGUUCUCGGCAUAUCUCCACGUGCAAACGUUGUACUAUGUGUGGUUGCACGUGAAGACGAACCUUACUAUAUUGACCAGUCUUAAAGCGUCGUGUACCGGCAAAAGCGAAUUCAAACUCUAUCAAACUCUGUACUCUAGCUGGUACAGUCUGGCGGAUCCUCUUAGAGAAGCCAUGACCGUUUUUGGAUUGCAAGACGGCAUUUACUGGACGGUGCUGCGCGGUUUAAUGGACGAACCCAAUGAGAAAGAACUCGGUGAUUGGGAAAUGAAAGCGAGACAAACAUUUUUAGUAAUAGCGGAACGUCUAAAGCUCGGUAAUGUAGCUAAUAUCAACGAACGUUUAUUAUACGUUGGCGCAUCGGCGGAUUCAGAAAAUAAUCUAACCUUGAUCGCAAAUAACGUCGAGGAGCUAAACAAGUUCACCGUACACAUACAGGAGAUAUUGAAACCCAUUGACGUUUGGUUCGUAAAAAUGUUAACAAAUGCCAAAACUAACUUGACAUUUUAUUCGCGUGGAAAUUUUAAAAAUUACCGUUAA